CAUGAAAUAGAAUAGUAUUUUUGUUUAUGUAAAGAAAAAUAUGAUUAAAUAUCAUAAAUUUUUAUAUCUACCGAAGAUAUAAAUUCCAUAGAUAUACAAUGAUAUACACGAUACAUGGUACAUAGAUUGUUUCGACUGCUCAGAGAAAUAUUAUUUCUUAUUAUAAAAUAUGGGACUGUGAUGAAACGAAGUUUGAAGAAUAUAACCGUUUAAUGAUAUACAACUAGCUAUUUAACACGCUAUAAUAUUAAUAUUAAUUAUGACGUUACGCGUUUUUUUAUUGCUCUGGCGUAUAUUUGUUGUAAAUGACAAAACUUUUGAAUUUCUUUACUAAAUGGCGCUUCGAUCAUCACAGACGUUGAUUUGAGAUCUUGUUUCUCUUUAAAUAGGGAAUUUGAUACAACCAAUCCCUAUUCAGUAAUUUGAGAAAUAGUAUCUAGAUUAUGAUUUGUUCAAUUUUUGAACACAAUAAACAAGGAAGUAAUAAAUUAAGAACACAGUGAAGCCCCUUUCUUUUAAUAAAAACAGUAUUGAGUAGAGGUUACAGUGAAUUAUUUGGGUUUUGAUAAUACGAAUUUUUAUUCGUUUUAGAAACCUAAAAUAAAAAAUUGUAGCGUAUGUCACGAGGUGAUAUUGCAGCAUAAGAAUCAUGGCGCAAGCGAUGGUAGGCAUCGAAAACGAAUCUAGCCAUCACAUGGCAUUUCGUCCAAAAGAUGCCGAAGAAGAUCUUUUAUUCUUUACAAGUUUAGAUGAUGCUACAAAAACCUGGUUAAAUACUUUGCAUGAUAUGUGGAAAUUAUGGAAAAAAUGUGAAGGAGUUACCAAAACAUUAUUUGAUUAUUUUGAUACUGCUCCAAAUCCUUAUUUGAGUACUUUGAGGAUCCUAGUAAAUACAAUGGAUUUCAAACACGCAAAAGUAGGGUCAUCUCUUGUUUUUACAGUUAUAGAAGAAUUUUCAAAUUGGUUAGUACCUAGAAAGGAUAGCUAUAAAGAAUGUUUGGUUCCUGAUCUGAAAUUAGCAGCUUUUAAGUUACUCGGUCGUCAAAAAAAUAUGCAACUAAUUAAAAUGGUCUCGAUUACAUAUGAUUUUAUUGGACAUAAAGAAUUAUUUUUGCAAAUAAUUCAGCAUGUGAUCAAUGCCAAAAGGUAUAAAGAAGCAGCACAGUUUGCAACUAUGUUAAGAUUGCAAAUGUGUUAUACUGAUCCGGAAAUAUUAUUACUGCCUCUUAUCUUACAAAAUAAAUUAACGAUCGUAGAAGAUUUUUUAUUUGAAUAUCCAAAUAUACAAAAAAUAUUGGUAAUGUAUUUGGAUAAUUUAGUGGCACUAGGAAAAAAUAUGGAUAAUAAAUUAGAACAAUAUAUUGAAACCAAUAAUAUACCAGAUGUAAAAAUUGGAACAAUACAAAUACGACCAAUGACAAAAUUAAUAGCACGUCUUGCUAAGCUAUAUAAUCUUCCACCAGAAUUGUGUCCAAACUUAAAUCGAAGACGAAAUGAAGGUGCAUUACAAUUUCUUAUUCAUAAGCGGUAUGAUGACGGAAGUUUAAACACUGAAAGUUGGAGAGAAAUGAUAAGGGAAGCUGUAGGACAUGACACAGAAUUGCAGUUAGAAACUGUCAAAUUAUUAUCUAUGGUAGGUGAGAUAAAAGAAUGCUUAUAUUGGGCUAAAACAUUUGAAAUUCCUAAAGAACAAUGGCCAUGGGCAUUGUCUUUUCAAACAAAACAAUAUUCAGAUGAAAUAAAUGUGGGUGCUUCUACUAGCAAAGAGGAAAAUUGGAAUCACGAAGAUAGUUCAGUACGUUAUCAUACUUUGAAAUUACCUAGAGAUACCAUUAAGCUUAUAGAUAGUCCAAGAUUGUUUGAAGAAUUUCUUGAUAAUGGUUUAAAAGGAAUUCGAAUCGUUGGUAUUGAUUCCGAGUGGAAACCAACUUUUGGUACUAAAAAGACUCAAUUGGCUCUAAUACAAAUAGCAACAGAGACAAAUGUAUAUAUACUAGAUGUUAUUACCAUGGGAAAUCAGCUUGAACAUCUUUGGUCAGAAUUCAACUUAUUGUUAUUCGAAAAUAAACAUAUCUUAAAACUUGGUUUUGGAAUAGCCAACGACGUAUUGAUGAUACGCGAUUAUCUACCAGCUAUUUCAAAUAUUAAAAUUAAUGGACAAGGUUAUUUAGAUGUAUUAUUUUUAUGGAGAAAGCUAGUAGAAGGAUACAAUUUUCAAUUCCCUUAUAAAGGUGAUCAAAAUUUUACAAGUGAAAGUUUGAGCAAGUUGGUUGAAUUAUGUCUUGGGGCAAAGUUGAAUAAAUCAGAUCAGUUUUCUAACUGGGAACAACGACCACUAAGGGAAAGUCAAAUAAUAUAUGCUGCAUUGGAUGCUUAUUGUCUUUUGGAGAUAUAUACAACUUUAUCUCAAGAGUGUGAACAUAUAGACAUACCGUUUCAAGAUAUUUGCACAGAGAUACAACACAUUCCACAUAGACAUUUCAAAAAAAAUCCAAAAAAAUAUCUAAAUAAAUCAAAUGCAAAAAUGCAAUCAACAUUCUCCAGUGAGAAAGAUAAUGGCCAAAAUAAUAGUAACUCAAAACAAUUUAAAGUUCCACAAACAUACCAGCAUUCUUCAAAACGUAAAAAUUUCAAUAAGCGAGAAAAUAAACAAAAGCAAUAUCAAGUAUAUCCACAAAGUCAUUCUGGUCCUACACCAGCACAUAAAUGGCGUGCUGUAUGUGAUUCGAUGUUGGGAGGUUUAGCAAGCAAAUUACGUAUGUGUGGAUGUGAUUGCUUAUAUGUAUUAUUUGAUAAAGGAGGAGAGCAAUCUGCUAAAUUAGCAGUGCAUGAAAACAGAAUUCUACUUACACAAAGAUUUAUACAGUAUUUGCCAUUAGAAAAUUGUUAUAAAGUUAUUUCAAGUACACCUAAUGAGCAAUUGCGUGAGGUGUUGAACCGUUUUUCUGUGGUUGUUACACAAAAGGAUAUAUUCAGUCGAUGUCAAAUUUGUAAUUUUGAUGAAUUUGUUGAAGUUCCAAAAGCUUUGAUGGAUGAACUUGUUAAAAGUUUUAUAAAUAUAACAAAGCACGAACAUCACAAAUUUGAUUUUUCUUCGUCUGCAAGUCAAUACUCCGAAGAAUAUAUGUCCAAUACUGACGACAUUGAUACAGUUCAUGUUAAGAAAUUUUUUACGAAACAAUAUAAUGACCGUACAUGGCAUCUUAGUACAGGUACUUUAGAUGUGAAAACGUGUACAACCAAAUAUCAUAUGCGAGUACAAAUUGAUAAAGUUCCAUUAGACAUACUAAAAAACGUAUCAUUAUUUUAUGUCUGUGAACAUUGCGGAAAUGUAUAUUGGCAUGGAACACAUUUGGAGCGAAGUCUUAACGGCGCUAUUCAAGAUUUGAUUAUUAAGGAAUAAGUAGUAUAUAUGUUUAAAUGUGAUAGACUCUCGAAGCAUGGUUGAGGACUAAUAUGAAGCACAAAUCAAAAUUGUCCUUAUCGGUUAACAACUUCGAGCCAACAAUAAGUAAUUGUUCCUAGUAUUUACAGCGCCAAUUGUAUAGACGCUUAACUGUCACUAGUACCCUGAUUCAAGUAUAUAUGUGAAAAAAACAAUACUCUCACAUAAAAAUAAACCGUUUAUAUGUGGACAAAAACAAUACUGAUAUAAAAAUAUACCGUUACCGUUCUUCCUCGCGUCUAUAAAUCGUUUUAA